UUCCUGUGGUUUUCCUUUCUAACGGUAUUAGAAUCCGCCAUCAUGGGUUACACUGAUCUGGACCAGUUGGCUAUUAACACCAUCCGUGUUCUCGCGGUUGAUGCCACCUCCAAGGCCAACUCCGGUCACCCCGGUGCCCCUAUGGGCAUGGCUCCCGUUGCCCACGUUCUGUGGAACAUGAUGAACUUCAACCCCCAGAACCCUGACUGGGCCAACCGUGAUCGUUUCGUUCUCUCUAACGGCCACGGCUGCAUGUUGCAGUAUGCUCUGCUCCACCUGUUCGGAUACAAGCUCACCAUUGAUGACCUGAAGAACUUCCGUCAACUCGACAGCAUCACCCCCGGUCACCCCGAGGCUCACGACACCCCCGGUAUUGAGGUCACCACUGGUCCUCUUGGUCAGGGUUUCGCCAACGCUGUUGGUCUCGCCAUGGCUCAGGCUCACUCCGGUGGUGUUUACAACAAGCCCGGCUUCGAGCUUUUCAACAACUACACCUACAUGUUCUUCGGUGAUGGUUGCGCUAUGGAGGGUAUUGCCAGCGAGGCUGCCUCCAUGGCCGGCCACCUUAAGCUUGGCAACCUGAUUGCCAUCUACGAUGACAACCACAUCUCCAUUGAUGGUGACACCAAGUGUGCUUUCACUGAGGACGUCACUAAGCGUUUUGAGGCUUACGGCUGGCACACCGAGUGGGUCAAGGAUGGUGACAACGACCUCGCGGGUAUCGAGGCUGCCAUCCGCAAGUGUCAGCAGGUUACUGACAAGCCCUCCAUGAUCAAGCUGACCACCACCAUUGGCUUCGGCUCCAAGCUUGCCGGUACCGGCGGUGUCCACGGAAACCCUCUCAAGGCCGACGAUGCCCAGGGCGUUAAGAAGCUUUUCGGCUUCAACCCCGAGGAGAGCUUCGCCGUCUACGACCUGUACCACAAGCACGCCGCUCAGGGUGCUGCCAAGGAGCAGGAGUGGAACCAGCUCUUCCAGAAGUACCAGGCCGAGCACAAGACCGAGGGUGCUGACCUCGCUCGCCGUCUCUCUGGCAAGCUGCCCGAGGGCUGGGAGAAGAAGCUCCCCGUCUACAAGUCUACUGAUCCUGCCAUCGCUUCACGCAAGCUUUCCGAGGCCUGCCUCGAGGCUAUUCACGACGUCCUUCCCGAGCUGGUCUCUGGUUCCGCUGAUCUGACUGGCUCCAACAACACCCGCUGGAAGAACGCCGUUGACUUCCAGCCCCCUGACCUUGGUAUCGGCGAGUGGGCCGGUCGCUACAUUCGCUACGGUGUGCGUGAGCACGCCAUGGCUGCCGUCAUGAACGGCCUGGCUGCCUACGGCACCAUCAUCCCCGCUGGUGGUACUUUCCUGAACUUCGUCUCAUACGCCGCCGGUGCCCUCCGCCUGUCGGCUCUGUCCCGCGUCCGUGUCAUCCACGUCGCUACCCACGACUCCAUCGGUCUGGGUGAGGACGGCCCCACUCACCAGCCUAUUGAGACUCUGGCUCACUUCCGUGCCCUGCCCAACUGCAUGGUCUGGCGUCCCGCUGACGGCAACGAGACCAGCGCUGCCUACUACUCCGCCAUCACCUCCAAGCACACUCCUACCGUCAUGGCUCUGACCCGCCAGAACCUGCCCCAGCUUGAGCUCUCCACCCUUGAGAGCGCCCUGAAGGGUGGUUACGUCGCUGUCGACACCCCUAACGCCGCCGUCACCAUCGUUUCCACUGGUUCCGAGGUCAGCAUCGCCAUUGAGGCUGCCACAUACCUCCAGGAGAAGCACGGUGUUGCUGCCCGUGUUGUGUCUAUUCCUUGCUUCGAGGUCUUCGAUGCCCAGACCAAGGAGUACCGUCUCCAGGUUCUUCCCGAUGGCAUCCCCGUGCUGUCCGUCGAGGCCUGCUGCACCAUGGGUUGGGAGCGCUACUCGCACGAGCAGUUCGGUCUCAACCGCUUCGGUGCUUCCGGUCCCUACAAGGAGGUGUACGCCAAAUUUGAGUUCACUCCCGAGGGCAUCAGCAAGCGUGCUCUUGCCACCAUCGACUUCUACAAGGGCGUCCCCGUGCGCUCCCCCAUUAACCGUGCUUUCCAGCAAAUCCUGUAAAGGACGGAACGAAUAUGACGUAACAAAAUGUUUUAGCUUUUUAAUAGAGGAGCUAUGGCCCUCUAGAUAUACAAGAAUGCGAAUAGAGC